GUUGAUUAGGUAUAUAUCAUUAAAGAUAUGAAUGACGAAAUACAAGAACCACCCAGUUCUCUUAAGAAUGUGCGUCACAUUAUGUUGAUUUUAUCUGGGAAGGGAGGAGUUGGUAAAUCAUCAGUAACCACCCAAACUGCCCUUACUCUCGUAGACAAGGGAUUCAAUGUUGGAGUGUUAGAUAUUGAUUUGACAGGACCAUCUUUACCACGGAUGUUUGGUGUUGAAUCUAAACAAGUGCGCCAGUCAACAGCGGGUUGGGUCCCAGUGCCAGUUUUUGAUAAUAAAGAUGAUCCAUCAAAGGGAAGCUUAUCACUUAUGUCACUUGGAUUUCUUUUAGGAGAUCGUAAUAAUUCUGUUGUUUGGAGAGGUCCCAAAAAAACAGCUAUGAUACGGCAGUUUCUUAAAGAUGUAGUUUGGAACGGAGGUGCUGAAUCCAAACCAUUAGAUUAUUUACUCAUUGAUACACCACCUGGAACUUCGGAUGAACAUAUUGCCAUUGCAGAAGAACUUCGAUGGGCUGAACCAGAUGGUGCUAUCAUUGUAACCACUCCACAACAAGUCGCUACUGCUGAUGUCCGUAAGGAAAUCAAUUUCUGUAAAAAAGUUGGGUUUGCUAUAUUGGGGGUUGUCGAGAAUAUGAGUGGAUUUAUUUGUCCAUAUUGUUCAGAAUGUACUGAUAUUUUCCUGAGUGGUGGAGGUGUUACACUUAGUGAAACUUUAAAUAUUCCAUUCUUGGGGAAUGUCCCCAUUGAUCCAACAUUUGUAGAAAUGAUUGAAACCCAGGAUAACGAUAGCGUUGAUCGCAAACUUGUUCAAUUAUAUGAUAAGAGUGAGCUUAAACCAUUAAUGGCGGGAAUCAUAGACAAGGUUUUAGCACAAGAUUGUAAACCUAGAUUUUAAAUAGUACCCAGUAAAUAUUUAUAGACAAUAAUAAAGAAUAUGUUAAAAAAACUACAUCUAUUUUAUACUCAAUAUAUUUUAUUCUUCUCUAUUGUAUAUC